AUGGCGGAAACAAAAGCCGGGGAAAUUGCUAUCAUCCGAUCAAAUCAGGCGAAACUUGCAGAGAACUAUGAACGUCAGGUUGCCGCUCUACGAAAGGCGAUGGCUGAAGAGAUAGCUAGGCACAAGGAAGAAGUAGAGGCCGCACGUGCGGAAGGGAAAAUGCUAGCUACGGAGAAUGCGUUUCUUAAGCAAGACCUUGCCGAAGAGUCUAUGCGGAUCAGCAAUCUGAAAGCGAAAGGCCGGGCAGAAGAAAAGCCAGCUCCAGGAACACCAAAGAAACACAAAGCCCUGCCUUUCCGCGAUGGAUUCGAUGACGAUGAGAUACUUGCCGCCUCUCCCAGCAAAUCUACGCGGUAUAAGCGAAUGAGCCCGACAGUGGGUGGUAAACGGAAGAGGAGGCUGAGCGAGGAUAGUCCGAUACCACUUGAAUUAAGCCCACAGCCAGAGCCUAUGCAUGUCGAAACUGCUGUCGAUGACAUGUCGGACGAUGCCUUAGAUGAAGCCAUACCGAACCGAACCGCUCAUGUCGACGACCAAAGCUCACAAUUGGUCAAGCGCCUAUUGAAUCAUCGAACAUUCCCAAACGAGAACAGUGACAUUGAGGUGAUGGCUAGAUUAACAUUCCCCUCAGAACCUCAGCGAACACUGUCGUCAAUUUUACUUGAGGAAGUGGCAAACCUCGACAUUGGUAGUUAUUUGCUAGAAUAUGCACGGGCUAUAAUUUCAUUAUGGUCUCGUGCUUUGCGCGAAAAGUUUUUCGAGCCCGUUCCCAUUUUUAUGGGGAUUAUGCGGCAUGUCUUGGCUCUUGAUGCGCCGUCGUCUACCUCUAAGUUGAUCGAGCACCUAGUGCCGCUAUUACAAGAGUCGGGGGAAGUUAACGGCAUCCCCCGGUUCAAACACUCCCCCGUUUCGCGGCAAAAUUUCGGACAGGUCAGACAGACACCAUUAUCUGAGCUGCAGCCUCUUGUAAACUCGACUGAGGCGCUGGGCCUCCUGUACCAAAUGGCUUGCUCAUGCUUACAUAUCGACCGCGUGUUGGAGCAAUUCUGGCGAUACAUGCGCUACGACUUUAUUCUGAUGAUGUUAAAUUGCUCACAGUCCAUAAGCGACAUCAUCCUAACCUUAAAUCUUCUAUCGACCAGCAUUCGCAUCGAGUCUUUUGGUUCUGUUCAGGACACAGAGCAGGACCAGAUCGCAAACGAAAACUACAUUGUUGAUCGCGUGGCGAACCUUCUGAGUGAGAUACCACAGGUAGACGAGGGACAGCCCCCCUACAUGGCUUCGGAGAUUUGCGAUAUGCGGCUGGAAGCGUUGUCUCUUUUGACAUCAGUUGCCUUCAAUCAAGAGGCCCCCACCAGUACUCAUGGCAGCAUGGUCAUUGCAUCUCACUCCACGGCGCUAGCACGACUUAUUCGAGCCAUGCACGACGAACUCGAUGCCUUGUAUGCAUCACCGCCCGAAAAGGAGUUGCGCGCAGAGUUAGUAAAUGGGUUGAUGCGUCUAGUGUACGGGGUGAUCCGUCGACAUCCAGAGCACGUCGACCUCCAGUCGAAACUCAGCCGAGUAGCGGGGGGAAAGCAGAAGUUUUUAGUGGUGCUGACGCGACUCGCGUUCAGUGAAGGGCAGAUACUAGAGGCCGGCAUUGAGGAUGAGACGGUGGAGAUGGCCCACGAGAUCUUGGACGACGCUGUGAAUCCUCAAGAGGCCGAGGCUCUGCUCGAAGCUUUCCCAAGUUCAAAGCAGCAGGAAUAG